GAUGCGUCUUCCGAAGCAUCGUCCUCCUUGCCAUUAUCGACAGAAAACCCCAACUACCAACAAGACCCUCCACGCAAACCCAAACCCAAACCCUCCCUUUCCUUUAUACAGAUCGACAGGAUCGAUCCGCACGGGUGGUUUGCGCACUCCAUACUGAACCAGGGGGACAUUGUUCUUGCCAUCAACGGACACCCGAUCGUCGAAGAAACCACGAUCGAAGAAGCCAAUGAGCUGCUGCUGGCGAGCUACGGCAUUGGUGCCUUUGGAACCAUCGACGUAAUGGCCCUCAAUCCCCGCAAGCUUCUGGAGGAGCGCAGGCGCAAGCAGCAAGAGCAGGAAGAGGAAUCGCACCUCUUUUCCUCGUUCCGCGGAAGGGGCAGGGAUCGGUUCUCGGGACGACGCAGGGAUCGAGGGGCCUGGAUGCGCAAGCAGGCAAAGCGGGCGAGCGUUGCCAUCGGGGGCGGAGCCAUGAUCGGGGUCGGCCUCGUCUUCCACCCGCUGGGGGGGGUUCUGCUGUGCAGCGGCGUCUCCGUCCUAGGGACCGAGUUCGAGGCCCCCAACAAGUUGGUCAAGGGCGCCAGGAACUCCCUGGAGCAGUGGGCCAAUGCACCGACGGGGGGAGACAAAGGCGCCGGCGCUGCAAGGGGUGGCAACGAGAGCGCGGGCGAGGACGAAUGCGAUGCCGACGGCAGUUUCCAUAGCCACGACAGCGGCAGGAGCGGGACCGGAGCUUCGGCGCCGCKACCAAGGUGCCCGUUGUCCCCGACCGCUAGGAAGGUCGAGGCGUCACUCAGGCUCUCGCAAACGAUUGCAUUUUCCGGGGAAUCUCGGUCCGACGCCUACCGGCGGGGAAAGGUACGGAGCAUCGACUACGACACCGAUCCGUUGUCCCCUAGUCUCUCCCCGCACCAGAACCGAUUGCCCGCCACCGGGGGAAAYAAAUUCAACCACAAUGUCACCGAUCGGAUGAAGGGCUUUGGCAGGCGUUAUGUCUUGCCAUUYCUCGACCGAAUGGCAGGAGACCGCCGUGAAGUAACAAUCGAUCGGUGUUCGAUGCACGGAGGGGGAAGCAGCCGUUCGCUUAUGAGCACGAGUAGCAACUCUUCCGCUUCCUCGCUACAGUUGCAGCAACAGCAACAGCAGCAGCGUGGGCCUGACAAUAACUACAAGAACAACGUCAACCUGCAGCACAACGGAGACGACCAGGAACGGGAUGCACCCCUUUCACUGUCGGCGCCCAUUCAUGGAACCGACAAGCCUCCUUCACGGCUACCGUGGAUGGGAUGGAAAGACGGACAGCAAGUAUGAGGAACGAACCGACCCACUUCGACUGGAAAUGCAGAAAUGCACCAAGUGAGCAAGUUAACUUGCUAUCUACCUAAUAUGCACACAUAGAGCAUGAUUUUUACAUUAUUGAAAUUUCCUCUCCAACUUUUUCCCGUCGCCACCCGAAAAUUUAGGAUUUUUUCCUUUGCCACUACUACUACUACUACUACUACUACACUAGUAUAGUACUUAUCAAACCCCUCUCAUCAAUAAACAAUAUAUUAAGAA